AUGACUGAAUCUCCUGGCACUCCUAAUGGUAGAGAAGCGGGAAUAAACUAUGAGUUCACGCCGAUAGGGUAUGUUAAUGAGGGAAAAGAGAACUCUCCGGGCGCAGGACUUGACAGAGAAUCUAGAAAAAGGCUAUCACACAAUGAAUCGAUCCAGAGUCCUGGUCUAGAUGAAUACGAACCCCGUAAAAGGACGCGUAAACGUGACGACACGCUCAAUUCAACUCGGAUUUUCAACGACUCGUCAUUUGACGACACUCUGCCGUCUCAAGCAGGUAUUCCGAGUCUGCGAAAGAACCGUGCAAAUGAAAUGCAGAAUGGGGAAGGACAUGGUGAAAACGCCGGAGCAUCUAAUCCACUCAAAGAGCAGCAGGACUCCCUUUACAAACUUAAUUUGGAAAACUACAACCUUAGGGUCAAAUGCAAUAGCUUGCUGAAGUUUUUGAACAACGUAACCGAUGAAGGUGAAUUGAAAAAGAAUUUGGCGAUAAUCGACGAACUACAAGACUGGAAAUCUAAGUAUCAAAAGCUUGCUACUUCCUAUCGGGCCCUGCAGUUAAAAAUUGACCAAAUAGACGGCAAAGAUCCGGAGGCAUCCAAAGAAAAAACCAAGCUUAACAAAGCUCAACUAAAAGAGCUUGAAAUCAAGUUGAAUGAGUACAGAAACAGUGUCAACAACUCUAAGCAGAUAAUUUCCAAGCUGGAGGAUCGACUCCGCGUUACAUCCGACGGCUCAGACGCUAAAAAUGAACAAUUCGAAUCCAAGACACGAACGCUACGACAAGAAAUUGGGACUUUAGAAUCUACCAUCGCAGAAAGAGAAAACACGAUUAAGGAACACGAGAUAAAAAUCAAGGAACUUGGUGUCAGACUGGAGGAACAAAAACGCGCUCGUGAAGAGCUUGAGCUAAAAACUGAGGAGCAGGUCCGAAAUAUUGAGAAGAUAGAAACCAAGUUAAGCCAGUCUGAGAAAAAGAUUCAAGAACUGCAAAAGGAAUUAGAGAGGACUAAAGAUGAGUUAGAUUAUGUUUCUCGAGGGAUUGAUACCAAUGACGAAGGCGCCAAAUUACAGAUCAAUCAAUUAAAUGCUGCGAACUCGGAGCUUAAAGAAGAAAAUGCUCAAAUUGUUGCUGACAAUCGUCAAUAUCAAGGUCAAGUUGAAACGUUGAAGACGAAAUCUAAUGACCUUGUAAAAGAAAUCAAGGCAAGGGACAAUAAAGUUAGGGCACUGGACAAAGAACUUCGCGAUCUUCAACAACAACAUGUCAAGACCGGAAAAGCAUUGGAAGAAGGUAAAUCGCAAAGCUCAGAGCUCAAAGCUCUAACCAUCGAGAUCCAGCAGUUGAUGAAAGAGAAGGCUAGUCUAGAAAGGGACAAUGACAGCCUUAGAGAACGAAUUGUGACACAAGCUACGAGAUCUCCAGCGCUGAAGGGAAAUGUUAGAAAGACACUAGAAAAGGAUUCUGAAAUUGAAAAAUUGAGGUCUAGAAUACAGGAACUGGAGAAUAAAUUGGAUCUGGCAAAAAAAGCAGCGAAUACUCUUCAUCAGAAUCAUCGCCUUGAAAUGGAGCAGCUCAAAGCUCAGUUAGAGAGCUCGAAUGUAGAGCCACUGUUAGUGCAAAGAAAACUUGAUAAACAGGUCAGUAUUUUGAACCUAGAACUUGAAUCACUGCGAGAAACUAAAGACCGGGAAAUUUCCUUAUUGGAGAACAAAAUACGGCUACUGAAGCAAGAAAAUGAAGAACUCUCACAGCACAGCGAUUCACAAGCAGGUUCGUUGCAAAGAAAGGCCCUUGAGAAACAGAAAGAAAUAGAUGAGCUGGUUCAAAGAUGUAGCGAUUUGUCCAUGGAAAAACUAAGGCUCAGCAAAGAGCUGGGUCAAGUCCAGGAGUCUGAGGUCGAUAAAAAGAGGGAGCUGUCAAAAUUAGCUUCUCGAUUAGAGUACGUCACGAAAGAAUUCGUCAAGUACCGCGAGCUUGGCUCUGAUUCGGAUUCGCAUAACUCUAAGUUGAGUAUUAAAUGGGAAGAAAAGUAUCGCACUAUGAGGCAAAAGCUGCUGGAUGAGCUAAAAAUGCUUCAAGAUGAAAAUUUGGCAUUAGAAAAGAGAAUGCUGGAAAGUAAGCAACACAUCCCACGUUCCGCGACACCGGAUUUGGGUAGGCUGUCGCUGCAGGAUCAAGUCGACUACUACAAAUUGCGAUACAACCAUGAAGUCGUGCACAACAACGACUUAAAAGUUAUGAAUGGGUAUCUCAACCGGGUGCUCAGGGCGAGUUCUCGUCAUGUAAGGCUCGAUAUCAUUAAGUUAGAAAACGAGGCAUUAGCAGACAUCUGGCCAGAUUUUCCGUACCGCGGACGGCUUCGGUUCAAAACUGUCGCUCUAAUGGUUUUGGCUGCUGUGAGGUUCCAGCGCGCGGCGCUUAAACUCCGUUGGGAUGCGCAACGCAUCAAUUACCUGCGGCAGAAAAUCGUUUUGGAUCAAGAUAGAGUGACUUGGUAA